UCUCUCCACUGCUCUGUUCCAUUUCUUAUUUUCUGGUCUGCUUUCUUCAUCUCAAUCUCUUAACUUCAAGAUGACGACCGUUGUGUUGCCGGAAGAGGUGAUGAUACAGAUGCCGAUACCGCCGCCGGCGAUAGCUGCCGGAUCUUAUCCGCCUCCUCGAAGCGCCGUUUCCAUCGCGAACUACAAGAAACUUAUGUGUCAUGUCGAUCAACUUAGCAAAACAUGCAGAGCAUCAUCUUGGUUGGAAUCCAUGAAAGAAUCAUCUCCAACUUAUUUAAGCGCGGACAGCGAUUGGAAAAGGAGGCACCCCUCGGCAUUGAGCAAGUUCGACGAGAUAACGGCGGCGUCCAUGGGGAAGAAGAUUGUCGUGUUUCUUGACUACGAUGGGACUCUUUCUCCUAUCGUUGAGGAUCCGGAUUCUGCUUUCAUGACUGCAUCGAUGAGAGCUGCGGUGAAAGGUGUGGCCAAAUAUUUUCCUACUGCUAUUGUGACCGGGAGGUGCAUAGAUAAGGUGUUUAACUUUGUGAAAUUAGAAGAGUUAUUCUAUGCGGGAAGCCACGGUAUGGAUAUCAAAGGACCUACCAAAUGCCCUAAGCACAUAAAAGCUCAGGCAAAAUCAAUACUUUUUCAACCAGCAAAUGAGUUCUUACCAAUGAUUAAUGAGGUCUACAACUUACUUUUGGAGAAAACCAAAUUAAUCCCUGGUUGCAAAGUCGAGAACAACAGAUUCUGCUUAUCAGUUCAUUUUCGAUGCGUGGAGGAAAAGAGAUGGAGUGGACUUAUUGAGGAAGUUAGAUCUGUGCUUGCAAACUAUCCAAAUCUCCGAUUAACUCAAGGAAGAAAGGUAUUAGAGAUUCGCCCUACAAUUGAAUGGAACAAAGGCAAGGCGAUUGAAUUCUUAUUAGAAAAUCUUGGAUUUGACAAUUGUGAAGACAUUUUACCGAUCUAUAUAGGGGAUGACCGCACCGAUGAAGAUGCAUUUAAGGUUUUGCGUGACAGACAACAAGGAUUUGGUAUUUUAGUUUCUAAAUUUCCUAAGGAAACUAAUGCCACAUACUCCCUUAAAGAGCCUUCUGAGGUCAAAGAUUUUCUGCUUCGAUUAGCUGAGUGGAAAAGAUUUUCUCAGAGGGACAGGUUGAAGUUGUAAGUAAAUACGACAAUUAGUAUGGACAAGGCUUCAUCUGUUAAUAAUCCUCUUUUUUGUGGGAUUUCCAUGGGGGCUUAAAGCUGAGCGUAUAUAAUAUUGUAACACUUAUGCACCCCAUAAGAGAAGCUAGUAGAAGCUUUUGUCUUGUAAUUAUCUUAUAGCCAAGAAAGGAGAAAUGAAGUAAUGUUUCCCUUGUUAAAUUAACUAUGUUCUUCGCCCUUAACAUAUGCUGAUCGUAAAACCUUCUGUCCUGGUA